AUGGGCCCCCGUACCGCCUCCUCAUGCUGCUGCCAGGCCCGUAAUCUGCCAUGGGCCCCCGUACCGCCUCCUCAUGCUGCUGCCAGGCCCGUAAUCUGCCAUGGGCCCCCGUACCGCCUCCUCAUGCUGCUGCCAGGUCCAGAGUGUCUCAUGGGUCCCUGUACGGCCUCCCAUUGCUGCUGUCUCCAUCGCCACACUCUGCCAUGUGCCACUUUCAGGUCUCCUCACACUGCUGGUGGGUUCCAUUUUGUCAUAGGGUGCUGUAUGGCCUCCCAUUGCUGCUGCCUCCACCGCCACACUGUGGCUCCACACUCUGGUUUUGGCCCCGUGACUGCCCAAAUGAGUGAAGUGUGCGGUGAUUCUAAGAUCGACGGCACUCAUCUGCAUGUCAUACUGACUGACAGUAUUAUUUCUCUUCCCCAGCAGACUCCAAGGGCAUUUAAAUUAAAGUACAGUGUUCUGCACUAAUAUAA